AUUUCCCUUGACCCUAUCAAUUCCCGUUCAUUUUCACCAUUUGUUUAUUUUUGUUUUCAAAUCCUUCUUCCAAUUUCAUUUCUGUGCGAACGUUAACGAAAAUGGGAGAUCAGAUGGCUCGAGCCGAAGAAUAUGAGAAAAAAGCGGAGAAGAAGCUCAAUAGCUGGGGCUUAUUCGGCUCCAAAUACGAAGACGCCGCCGAUCUCUUUGAUAAAGCUGCCAAUUCUUUCAAGCUCGCCAAGUCAUGGGAUAGAGCUGGAUCAACUUAUGUCAAGUUGGCGAACUGUCAUAUAAAGUUGGAAAGCAAACAUGAAACUGCCCAAGCUUAUGUUGAUGCUGCUCAUUGCUAUAAGAAAACAAAUGCCAAAGAGGCCAUAUCUUGCUUGGAACAGGCUGUAAAUAUGUUUUGUGAUAUUGGAAGGCUCAGCAUGGCCGCAAGAUAUUACAAGGAAAUUGCUGAACUAUACGAGUCUGAACAGAACAUCGAACAGGCUAUUGUUUACUUUGAGAAGGCAGCUGAUAUGUUCCUAAAUGAAGAAGUAACAACUUCUGCAAACCAGUGCAAGCAGAAAGUUGCACAAUAUGCUGCUGAAUUAGAACAAUAUCAGAAGGCAAUUGAGAUUUUUGAAGAGAUAGCAAAGCAGUCACUCAACAACAACUUGCUAAAGUAUGGAGUGAAAGGACAUCUUCUUAAUGCUGGCAUUUGCCAACUUUGCAAGAGCGAUGUUGUUGCAAUUACCAAUGCAUUAGAGCGAUACCAGGAUAUGGAUCCAACUUUUUCAGGAACGCGUGAAUACAGAUUGUUAGCGGACAUUGCUGCUUCCCUUGAUGAGGAAGACAUUGGAAAGUUUACUGAUGUUGUUAAGGAAUUUGAUAGCAUGACCCCUCUGGACUCUUGGAGAGACGACCCUUCUGUGCGUGUGAAGGAAAAGCUGAAGGCCAAAGAAUUGGAGGGAGAUGACCUCACCUAAAUUUUAUACAUACAUUCAUGUACUUUGGUCUUGUUUACCCCUGGAUUAUUGUACUUAUCGUAUUAUGU